UAACCACGUCCACUUUCCUUAUCCGUUUUCCAAUCUCGCUUAGCUCACAUCUUCUCCCUCACGACCUUCCUCUCCUUACCUCUGAGAUCAAAAAUCCUAAUGGAGGUAGUCCUCAAACACCCCUCCCAUUCCCGCCUCAAACUACCCCUCAUUUUCUUCCGUUCCUCUCCUUCAAACCGCCUCACCAUCACCAUCCCCUCCUCCUCCCGUCGACACCGCGGACGACUCCCUCCCGCUCUCCUUUCCACUACCUUCCAGGACCAAUACUCCCCAUCUCCCAUCAAAGAAACCAAAACAUCAACAGAGCCUUUGCCCGACGACGACUCCUUUGGCGAAGUCAAUCGAAUCAUCGGCCGCCGCACUGUCCGCACACCAGUUUUCGCCGAAGACGGCUCCGUCUCCACGGAAAAAUCAACCGAAUACCUCAUUGAAUGGAAGGACGGCCACGCUCCUUCUUGGAUCCCAGCCACUGGAAUCGCGGCCGACGUCGUCGCUGAAUACGAAACCCCCUGGUGGACCGCAGCCCGCAAAGCCGAUGCCGCAGCUCUCUCCCUUCUUCUCUCGGACGAAUCGGUCUCCCGCGACCCCAACGCGGAGGACGGCGACGGUCGCACAGCGCUCCACUUCGCGGCUGGGCUGGGGUCGGAGGAGUGCAUAAAGGUGUUGGCGGAGGCGGGGGUGAAUGUUGAUCAAAGAGAUGGGGCAGGGCUAACGCCGCUGCACAUGGCGGCGGGGUACGGGAGGGCCGGGGCGGUGCGAGCGUUGGUAGAGGCGGGGGCGGAUGCCGAAGCGGAGGACCAGAGGGGGAGGACGGCACUGGAUCUGGCGCGGGAAGUGAUGGGGGCAACAUCGAAGGGGGAUUUUGGGAGGCGUGUGGCAUUGGAGGCCACUGUUGUUGAGGUGGAAAGGGCGGUGUAUGAAUGGGGAGAGGUGGAGAGGGUGGUGGAUGCAAGAGGGGAAGGAAGGACGAGGGAGUAUCUAGUGGAGUGGAGGGAUGAGGGGGAAAGGGAGUGGGUGAAGAAGGCGUGGGUGGCAGAGGAUUUGGUGGCUGAUUUUGAGGCUGGGUUGGAGUAUGGAGUGGCGGAGGAAGUGAUGGGAGAGAGGGAGGUGGAUGGGGGAGGGAAAGAGUAUUUGGUGAAGUGGGAGGAUAUUGAGGAAGCGACAUGGGAACCGGAAGAAAAUGUUGAUGCGGAGCUUGUGCUGGAGUUUAAGAGGAAGAAGCAGCAGAAACCAGAGGGUUUCAGCUGUUCAUCGAAGUGACUGUAAUGAAGGACGGAUAGAAAGGAAGUGGAUGAGUAAAUCACGUUGGUUUUCAUUUGAUUAUUGGAUCAAAUUUGAGAAAGCAUUCAAGGAGAUUUUUCGUGUACCUGCAGCUUGCAAGUCAAACAUGCUAAGAAGAAUAUCAGAAAUUACUCUUAAAUAUAGGAGUAAAUCUUCUUCGAAUCUCAGGCUAUUUAGAAUUGGAGCAAUGAUAAGGAAUGACUUCAACUGUGUAAAUGACUAUUCACAAUCAUCAUCUUAGACAAAUUGAUUUGUGUAGAGCCCAAACUGGAUGACUUCUUUGAAUGAAUUUUGACGACUUGCUUUCUAAUACGGCAUAUAUCUUUGUAGGAUUUGUUGUGAUUUCGUCUAUCAAUAUCAUUUAGCAAAAAAAUUUGCCCUCUUGAGCUA